GUGGUGGUGUGGCAGGCUCUGUCCCUUCAUUGGCACCAUUUCUGUUUUGCUUUGUUCUCUAAAGGCCGCCCUUGAGCAUGAAGAGGCCAAGAUCCUCCGAAUCCAGCUUGAACUGACGCAGGUGAAAUCAGAAAUCGACAGAAAGAUCGCUGAGAAGGACGAAGAGAUCGAGCAGCUGAAGAGGAACUACCAGCGAACGGUAGAGACCAUGCAGAGCGCCCUGGACGCCGAAGUGCGCAGCCGGAACGAGGCCAUCAGGAUCAAGAAGAAGAUGGAGGGCGACCUGAACGAGAUUGAGAUCCAGCUGAGCCACGCCAACCGCCAGGCCGCAGAGACCGUCAAGCACCUCCGCAGUGUCCAAGGGCAGCUGAAGGACACCCAGCUCCACCUAGACGACGCCCUCCGCGGCCAGGAGGACCUGAAGGAGCAGCUGGCCAUGGUGGAGCGCAGAGCCAACCUGCU